UUUUCACACAAGCAAAGGAAAAGCAAGAAUAGGAUUUCUAGCUUCAGUUUCUAGUUUUUUAGGCUUUCUAGCAUAUUAUAGUAACAAGUACCUUACCUUGCCUGUGGUUCAAGAUGGCUGCUCUUUUUAUGUGAGCGAAAGUUUUGCUUUUUAUYGAUUAAUAUCCUUGCCAUCUUUGCCCUUGGAGUACUCAAAGAUUAUCCUAAGGCUUCUCGAACUUCCCAUGCUUAUACACCGUGACUUAUUUUAGUUUUAUCCAAACGGUUUCAUCGAUAUUUUCUACACUUCAUACGAACCGUUGUUGUCCAUCUUGGAGACCARACUGGAUUGACUAUGGGCUGUGAUAUUCUGCUGUACCGUCAAAGAAUUGGCUACUUCUAUAAUUGCUUCUGUAAUAUCAARAAUAAGAGCUUGAAUUCCUCCAUCUCUGUGCUUCAGGACGUUCGUGCUGACAUGUUAACGAUCACCACCUUAUGCUUACUGUUAUCCUCGGUAGUUAUCAUGAAUUCAACCAAGAUACAACCACAUUUUCAGUCUACUGAGCAACUUUACCAUCUUAAUGCCUGCCCUAGACGAACUCUUCUGGUUGGUGACAAUAAAGUGGUGCACAGUAUGAAUGGAAACAUCUCUCCUCCGCAUUUGUGUGGUGACUUACCUUGUGGACUCAAGAUCACACAUUGGAAUAUUCGCAGUUUGGCUCCAAGGAUAAACAACAACAAACUGGAUGAAAUAAAGUCCAUUCUGAAUCAAACUAAAAUUGAAACCCACAUUUUGUGUAUUUCUGAAUCCUGGUUAGAUARCACCUUCAAGGACUCACAUAUAAGGAUAGAUGGAUACAAGCAGGAAAGAGUUGACAGAGAAGAAAGGAAACUUCCAACAAAUAAAGCUCACGGCGGUGGGAUUGUUAUUUACAUCAGGGACAAUCUCCCUUACAAAAGAAGAACAGACCURGAGUCAGAUGAUAUUGAAUCUGUGUGGCUGCAACUUUGUCCACCAAACUCUCCUUCGCACUUGAUUUGUACAGCCUACAGAAGUCCUGACUAUCCAGUUCAAACUUGGAUUAAUAAAUUUGAGUUACAGUUGACUGAUGCUUACAUUGAAGGCCAUCUUUUAACCGUAAUGGGAGACUUUAACAUUGAUGUUUUGGCUGAAUCUGAUGAAAGUAGUUCCUGGUUAGAAACUAUGGAAGAUUAUAAUUUAUGCCAAGUUAUUAGAGAACCAACCAGGGUGACAAACACAUCUGCUACUCUAGUUGAUCAUGUCUUCACAUCAGUUCCAUGCAAAGUUAGAACCACUAAAGUUCCAAAAAUUGGAAUCAGCGACCAUUAUCCCACCUGUUUUGUGUUAAAGAGUUCCUUUGGCAUGAAACGCUCGCAUACCAAAAUAAAAUAUCGAUGCUACAAACAUUUUAGUGAGGUGAGCUUCUUAGAUGAUCUAUCUCAUGUCCCUUGGACUGUCAUUGAUACUCUUGAUGAUGUGGAUGAUUGUCUUGACAUAUGGUACAAGUUGUUUCUUGAAGUAAUUGACAAACACUUACCCUGGAGCUUUGCUGGUAGACACAUUUCUACGCAAAGUAGUAUUUUUGGAACCACUGCUGCGCUGGGAACAACCCCAGGAAUGCCCGUAAAUAGAGUGCUGGCACAUUUGCUGCUGGACAACGCGUACGACGGGAAUCUACUACCCGACAUAUCCAAGUGCGACUAUUUGCGYGGGAACGAAGGUACUACGAGUUUGCAGCCGCUGUCCGGGCUACCACCGUUUGUAGACGAUGUGUUUGUCUAUGGAUUUGUCGCAGAGAACGACAUGUAUGGUAGGAUAUGCAGGAAUGCGAAGACACUAGUCUCCAAGGURUCCACUGCGGCCCAGGAAGCAUUUGGUACCUUUCUACACGUCCAAAUAGUACACAGCUGCAGGCAAGGAAAGAUAGUAGAUAGCGUUUCCAACUUGGUAGGCAAGUGGUAUAGCUUGCAUGGAGAACCCGCAGCGGUAUUUGUAGCCAAAGUAGACACCUCGGAAUUGUCCAUAGAAACCGUAGAGGAAAAGAUACCCCACUUUGCUACUUUGCUGGAUUCCCAUGGGUACGGUAUCUAUUCCGUGGACUACACAGGAUUUCUCCGGUACUUUGGAUAG